GUUGCACAUUGAUACAUUUGAAUUGCUUUUCAUUUUCUUCUUUGUUUGCUGGCCUGUCACCACUGCCUGCACUCUUUCGAAUGCCAUGGAGCAUGAAGAAAAGAAACAUUUCUUCGCAGUAUCAAGCAGGAGCGCGUCGCUUUAGUCCUUCUGCCGAUUUCACAAAAUGUGGCCAUUCAUCAGCACGCGCAAGCGUUCCUGGAAAACAUACCUGGGAAGCUGCUGUUGCCUACUGGUCGUGACGUUUAUAACGUUUCAGGUACUGGCCUGGACUGUGAUGGGUCCACAGGAGGAAUAUGACCUGAACAAGGAAGUGCUGGAGGCGAUGAAGAAGGUUACCUCCGGUAUCAACCUUCAUGCUCACAUUGACCAGCCCGAAGAGCAGCGUGAAAAAGGUGAGCAUGCUGACGGAGCGCUCAGAUCACUAGGAUCCCAGUCGGGACCGGGCACUAAACGCUCGUCGAAGCUCGUCAAAAUGUUCGGCUCGCGCAGCGGCCUGCUGUCGGCCAUACGUCGGGUGAAACGGAGAAGACCGCUCGCCCCAGGCCCUGGUCGUGCCAGGGACGUUGAGGACGGAGCCAUGCCAUCGGCUGAAUCCAAGUCAAUGAGUGCCCGCAAUGGCCGGCGGGGAGGUGCACGUAUCGACAAGAACAUCAUGAAGCUGGCGAAGGCACGCGUUGCGGAGCGUAAGAAGCGGCAGCAGCUGGGACUCAUUACAACUACGGACCGCGUUGAACGGAUGCAGAAACCCGAGAGCUUCCAGCGACACCGUCCGGAUAUCAUUGUGCCCCGGCCCGUGCAGAAGAAGGCGGCGAAACUACCGCACUCAGUUAGCGACCACCGUCUACCGCAAGCCGUUGCGCAUCAACCAGCUGGCAAGCUCGCAGACCCGAAGAAAAUUCCCGUCGCACAUAAAAACGGGCACCGCGCACCACGACUCCGCGGUGUCGAGCCAUCCCAGCGACUCCGGUACGAUCUCGCGGACGGCAAGCAGUUCCACUGCCUGAACGGAGACGGCGAGGGGAUUUCCGCCAGCGCCAUCAAUGACGAGUUCUGUGAUUGUGCCGAUGGUAGUGAUGAACCUGGAACAUCGGCAUGUCGGAAUGGCAGGUUCUUCUGCCCUGUGGAGAGAAAGCACAUCUUUUCGUCUCGAGUCGACGAUGGUCGGUGCGACUGCUGCGACGGGUCGGACGAGCCGCAAUCGCACGCAUGCCGCGAAACGUCCUCGUGCGACGACCUUGAGAAGCGUACGAGGGAGGUGCGAGCCAGACGCGAGCGCGCUGCGGGCCUUCGCGACGAGUACGUGUCGCAGGGUCGCCAGCAGGCACCCGCUGGUGGUAAUUUCGGCCAGGACAGCGCCUUCUGGCCGCUCAGCAAGCGCUGCUAUAGCAAAAUACAAGGGGAAUACAAGUACGAAGUUUGUCCGUUCCACCUGGCUCGCCAAUCCAAGCAAGGUUCUGAUGUUAGCAUUGGUACUGGUGGCGAGUGGCAAACCCUGAGAUCCCUACCUACUAUAGUUAUGCCAGCCGAUGCGACCGGCCUGCUGCGGGCAAGUGAUAGAACUCAAGGAUACGCCGUGUUGCGUAUGUCCAACGGACGUCCGUGCCCGUCUGGCAAUCCACGUACAGUUCAGGUGGUGUUUGAAUGUGAUGUUGAUGAGAAGCUGAAGGUGAUCGGUGAGACAGAGCAGUGUCUGUACAGUGCCCUGAUUAGUACUCCAGCAGCUUGUCUCCAUGUCAGCUAACACACACCUUGCCACACCAGCAAUCAGUGAUCCAGAUCAGCUCAAACGUAUCUCACCCUACCGUCAACCGGCGGUCUUGAACAGCUAGCACACACGCCCCAUCAUGAACCGGUGAUCUGGAUCAGCUCACACAUGCCUCAACAUCAAUCGUCGAUCUGCAUCAGCUGAACCACACCUCACACAACACCACCAACCGGUGGUCUUGAACAGCUAAACCCGCCCCAUUACACCAUCAACCGGUGGUCUUGAACAGCUAGCACGCACCACACAAACAACCGGUGAUCUUGAGGGAGUCUUGACUUUUUUUCUCCUUUUUUUACAAGAUACACAACUCACCAACGCGGCAGGCACAUGGGGCUAGCAUGGGGUGAGAUGGUGCUGAUGGUGGGGCUUGCCAUGCUCAACCAACCACAGGUCUCGGCAUCUUCAAAUGGCAGGCGCACCACACUGAGAGGCAAGCAUAAGCACUGUAUGGACGUUGCGUUCUGCUGACUCGCCGCACCCUCGCCACACAGCCUACACCACUGCCUAGUACAGUAUGUCAGCUGGUCAGGUCAUGGCUGCCAGCCAUACAUACCAUGCAGGAUCCAGUGUUUGCAUGUGGCCGGUACCCGUGGGCGAGUGUAGUACCCGAGUGCAGGCUACCGACGUGGCGGACACUGGGAGCUGUUGUUUGCGCUUACUCUGACAUAACCAUACACCAGUAGCCAGUGGCUAACUUAUCUGCAAUCUCCAGUGGUGUGUUGAUGUCAGGUUAGUCUGGUGUACGGCCGCUGUUUGCGUUUGGGUGUUUUACUGUCGACUCCGCUGCAUCUCUGGUGAAUGUCCCUGCACCCUGCCCUCCCGUGUUUGGCACGGUGCACUUGAGCAGACUGUGUACUCCUCCAUACACGCAUGUGUCAUCCCGAUUCAGGGCUAGUCUGUUUGGUUAGUCUCUUACACUCUGGGUCUUUAUACUCACCCCAAUCGCAAUCUUGAGUAACUAACUUUCCUCGGCCAUGACGGGGAGCCAGCUCUCCUGCCCUAUCAUGGCCGAAAUACGCGACAUUGUUGGAUCACAGAUAACAUUGGUAGCUGGCCUCACUUUCUCACUCUGCAUAACCCACUCUGUCAUGUCCGUGAAGCACGAUGUCAUUGUAUGACAUCAUCACCUGCUGGCCUCGUACGUUGUGGCUGCGAGCCUGCAGCCCAAACAGCAUGCUGCUGUGUUCUUGAAGGCGAAUUACUAUUCAUUGCUUGCGGCGACAGCUUAUAUGCUACUUCUUGCAGUAUUCACCGAUGACUUUCUAACCAGUCCUUUUCAAAUCAUCCGUCUUCGAUCGUCAUUUUAACCUUCAGCAUCUCCAUGCUGCCAUCGCACACCUAGCAGCAAGUUUCUAGAAAUUUUAAUUAUGUCCUGUUUAUCUCGAAGCCCGGUUGUCAGUAGUGGAUUUCUUGGAGUGUCCGCUCUACAACGCCCUAUUUAGAAUUUACGCACUUCUGUGGUAGCUUAGCUCAAAGUCUGUAUAUGUUGGACUCUUGAUUUUCGUUCCCAUGAAGCUGGAACGUACUCGUAGGAAUCACGAGCAGGACGUAUCCC